AAUAAUAAUAAUAAAAACACUUCCUUUCCCGAUCGACCCUAAAAACCCUACGCCGCACCGCCGCACUCCUUCUCCGGCGAUGGGCGGCGCCGCCCCCACCACCGUGAGGGUCUCGAACAUCCCGGCAUCGGCCGUGGCGGCGGAGCUCCUCGCAUUCUUCGACGCCGCCGUGGGCUCCGCCUUCGCCUGCGAGAUCGUCACCGCGCGCCGCCAGUGGAGGCCGCUAGGGUUCGGCCGCGUCCAGUUCGACUCCGCCGCCGCCGCGGAGCGCGCGCGCGCCCUCGCCGGCGACGGCCGCCUCCCGCCGUUCCAGCGAGCAAGCCUCGCCCUCGCGCCCUCCGGCGACGACAUCGUCGCGAGGGCCGCCGACGCCCGGAACCGCCUCGAGGGGGCGGCGCUCCUCGCCGGGGACCUCGUCGGGGCGCGGGAGAUGGAGGUGGUGGGGUCGUGGGAUGGGGUUAGGGCCGAGAUCAUGCCCGAGAGGAAGAAGCUCGAGCUCUUCGUCGAGGAUGGAGGGGAGUAUUACAAGCUCGAGAUCAUGUUCGGGGACAUCAAUGCGAGCUAUGGGUGCCUCCUAAGCAAAGGCGAUUCCGAUGGUAUCCUUUUACAGCUCAAAUACGCGCCAAGAAUUUAUCGCCGCAUCUUUGAUCAGAAAAGUAGUUCAAAAUUCAAUGGCGAUCGCUACCGCGCCUUCAAAGAAGACGUCAAAUUUAUCUGGGUUCGCGCGCCCGAUUUUUCCGUUAAUAGCUCUAUUGGGAAGUCUACCUGUUUUUGUUUGAAGCUGAAAGAACGAUUAUUGGGUUCAGAUGUUCUUAAAAGCCUGCCUUUUUCAGGAGAAUUAGGGGAAGUAAUCCUUCGAACAGGAAACGUAUCUACUUCUUCCACGAAACUAGUUCCUCUUGUGGAUUGCCCUAGCGACAAUUCAGUGGCCUACGAGAUACUUUUUCAGCUGAAUUCUCUCGUUCAUAAUCAAAAAUUGCCAGCUAAAAAAGUCAACUCGGAUCUGUUUAACCUUCUCGGUGAAUUACCUUUUGAUAUUUCUAUGAGAAUCCUUCUUAAAAUGCACAAGUUGAAGUCGAUUUGCUACGAGCCUAUGCAGUUCGUCCGGCAGCAAGUAGCUAACUUCAGGAGAAAUCGGAAGCAAAACGCUUUAUCCUCCAGCAAGAGCACUCAUUCAGAAAGCUUAAUGAAAUGCUAUCGGGUUCUUAUAACUCCAUCUAAAGUAUACUGCUUGGGUCCUGAAGCCGAAACUUCAAAUUAUGUUGUCAAGCACUAUUCUGCUUAUGCUUCCGAUUUUGUUAGGGUUUCUUUUGUGGAUGAAGACUGGAGCAAGCUUUCACCUGAUACAAUUUCCGCGAGAAUUGAGCGUGGAUUAUUCUCUAAACCCUUUAAGACGGGGAUACAUGAUCGCAUACUUUCUAUUUUACGAGAUGGAUUUUCCAUCGGCUUGAAGAAGUUUGAAUUUUUGGCUUUUUCAGCAAGUCAGCUUCGUUCGAAUUCAGUUUGGAUGUUUGCUUCCAAUGAUGAUGUGACUGCAGAGGGCAUUAGAGAGUGGAUGGGUCAGUUCAAUCAAAUCCAUUCUGUGUCUAAGUGUGCAGCAAGAAUGGGCCAACUAUUCAGCUCCUCUUUGCAAACCCUAAAUGUCCCUUCUUGGGAAGUCAAAACUAUUCCAGAUAUAGACGUCACUACUGAUGGUAAUAAAUAUACCUUUUCAGAUGGUAUUGGAAAAAUUUCUCUGUCAUUUGCUCGACAAGUUGCUCAAAAAUGUGGAUUAAGUCAUACCCCUUCUGCUUUCCAAAUAAGGUACGGUGGAUACAAAGGAGUUAUAGCUGUUGACCGAACUUCCUUCAAUAAGCUUUCUCUGCGACCCAGUAUGAAAAAAUUCGAAUCGAACAGCACGAUGCUUAACAUCACUAAGUGGAGCAACUAUCAGCCAUGCUUUUUGAAUCGUGAAAUCAUUUGCCUACUAUCUACAUUAGGGAUAGAGGAUGAGGUAUUCGAGUCUAUGCAACAUGAGCACAUGCAUUUUUUAGAUGGAAUGCUUACAAACAGCGAAGUGGCUUUGAUUGUAUUGGGUCAAAUGGCCGGCGCCGAAACAAGAACUGCGGUGAAGAUGCUAACGCACGGUUAUGAGCCUACUUCAGAACCUUACCUCUCAAUGAUGCUUCAAGCCCAUCGAGAGUAUCAAUUAUCUGAUUUAAGAAGUAAAUGCCGAAUCUUUGUUCCAAAAGGUCGAGUUCUCGUAGGAUGUCUGGAUGAAAUAGGACUACUAGAAUAUGGUCAAGUAUAUGUAAGAAUAACUUUGACGAAAGAAGAGCUAAAGGAUGCAGAUCAAACUUUCUUUCAUAAAGUUGACGAAACCACGGCAGUUAUAGUUGGAAAGGUGGUGGUCACCAAAAAUCCGUGCCUUCAUCCUGGUGAUAUUAGAGUACUCGAAGCUGUCUAUGACGUUCAAUUGGAUGAUAUGGGUCUGGUUGAUUGCGUUGUCUUCCCACAGAAAGGCAAAAGGCCUCAUCCUAAUGAAUGUUCUGGUGGAGAUUUGGAUGGUGACCUCUAUUUUGUCUGUUGGGAUAGAAGACUUGUCCCAGACAACACCGAUACACCAAUGGACUAUACUGCACGGAGGCCACGAAUCAUGGACCAUGAUGUUACUUUAGAGGAAAUUCAGAAAUUUUUUGUUGAUUACAUGAUCAGCGACUCCCUCGGCAUAAUAUCAACCACACACUUAGUAUAUGCAGAUAGCGAACCGAUGAAAGCCCGCAGCCCCAAAUGCCUUGAAUUGGCAAGCCUUCAUUCCAUGGCCGUCGACUUUGCCAAAACAGGAGCUCCGGCCGAUAUGCCCAGGGUUUUGAAACCUAAAGAGUACCCUGAUUUUAUGGAAAGAUGGGAUCGGUCCAUGUACAAAUCAACCGGCGUUCUGGGAAAGCUCUAUAGAGCAGUCUCCACCCAUAUCGAAGAAACCCUAAGUUUCGAUACCGACUUUUCGAACUCAAUUCCUGAAGCUGCUUAUGACCGUGAUCUCGAAGUUGAAGGGUUUGAGGCUUUUCUGGAAGCUGCUCAAGAGUUCUAUGAUCAGUAUUCCGAGAAGCUGAGCUCCCUGAUGAAUUACUACGGUGCGGAGUAUGAAGAUGAGAUAUUAACAGGAAACUUGCGGAACCGAUCCCUGUAUUUGGUGAAGGAUAGGAAGAGAUAUGGGGAAAUGAAGGACCGGAUUUUAGUCGUUGUUAAAGGCUUGCAUAAAGAGGUCGGCGGGUGGUUUAACAGCAGCUGUGCAGACAAUGACUCGCUAAAGAUGGCAUCGGCGUGGUACCAUGUGACUUAUCAUCCAAAUUACAGUCCGAAAAAUAGAUUCUUGAGCUUUCCCUGGACUAUUAGUGAUGCUCUUCUUAGUAUAAAAUCAUCGAAGCACCAGAGAAAGCUCAUAAGAGGAGGCAAUUGUAAUGCUGAUGUUAACUAGGGAACUAUAUAGCCUCUUGUUGCGAAAACAAAGUGCUUUUAUUUUGUAAAUUCUGUGGUAUGCUGACAUGUAAAUUUUUGUUCAUGAUCCUUUUAAAGUGAUGUAGCACUAUUUUUAUGUUAUCCGCAAAGGUGUUAGAUUUGGACUUAUGAAAAAUCCGUCUCACUAUCAUCAUUGUACCUUUCUAAGUAAUUCUCUGUAUGGUUAAAAUGAAGCAAAUUAGUUGCAAAA